AAGGCUUGAAAGUAUAGGUACCUACGAAGUAUGGGCGUUAUGCAUGAAAAAUACUGUUCGAUUUAAAACCUUAGGCGGGGAGAAAGGUAGGGGUUAUCUAGAUAUUUUCUCAUACAUUUGGCAAAUCCAAGCGAAGACUGAACAUUGAAUUAUUGUUUAUACAGACGUACUGCUUGUAAGCCAGUGAGUCUUGUCCAUAGAUUCGAUAGAUUUCGUGUUGUUUACGUAAUAAAGUAUAUAGUGCAAUUAUGUUGAGAAUGAGGCGAAUUAUCCUGGAAAAUGAAAACGACAUGAAGAAGUUCGAGAAGAAGUAUUGUGGCUACUGCUCGGAAGGACAUCUGCACUGGUUUACACCUAAAGCCGCGGAGCGUUGGGAAAGAAUAAAGAAUCAUGCCCCGGACCGCGACAGUUACCCCAAUCAAUUCGCUGCUCAUAUGUUCGAAAGAGAUUUUUUCGAAGAAAGAACCCAUGCCAAAUUGGAAGACGAGUUUGUAUCUCUGAUACCGACGAACUGUCCCCUUCUAGAGUUCAAUUUUUUAGAUGAAGACAUUGAUCGUCUGCUUCAUUGUCAGGCAGAUAUACCAAAUACUGUUGCGCCUUUUCGAUCGGAUGGCGAUCGUACACCAAAUGCGGUCGUGUAUGUGCAAGAAUUCGAACGAACUGCUUUCGGUCCUCGAUUUCGUAGAGAAACGGCGAUACAAUGUAAAAGGAGUUUUUACGAGCUGGUUAGAGAAAAAUUUUAUCUGGGCGACGAUGAUGAAAUAGAUGAUAUACCAUAUGCAACAUUAAGACAGAAUUUUUUACGCAAAUUUUGUUCGCGAGAUGUUCAGAACGAGAUUUUAGAAAGGUUUCGGAACGCGAAUAUACCCGCAGAUGGCACUGCUCGUCGCGAAUUUCUAAUCCAUUGGGCAUGGCAAUUCACAUGUAUUACUAUCGAAUUAUCGCGAAACAUCGUCGAUUUGAUGAAGAUGAAGAUUCCUUUGGUAAACCGAGCCCAGCGCAAAUUUAUCGGCCGGUAUGAAAAAGGUGUCGUCUCGUGGCCGAAAUUUUAUAAGGAUUUGGUUGAUCAUCGUGCAUUUCCCAUUCCCCCUGAGAUCGUGCCUCAACAGAAUACGUUUGUAAUAAGCUUGAAUACUGCGGUUACUUUAGUGUGUUGUUGCGCUAUUAUCGUAUACGGAAUUGUUAAGAUUAAAAAAGGAUCGUAAUUUUUUUUUUGCUCGUACGUCGACGCUAGUAAAAUCAUUUUUUUACUUCGAUUUCUACACUUUUUAAUUUAUUUUUGAUUUUAUAUAUUUUACUUAUUGUCGAAUUUUAAUCUUUAAUUUACUUUGGAUUUUCGAGAUUUUAACUUAUUGUCGACUUUUCACGUUUAAAUUUAUUUUCGAUAUUUACCUGAUUCGUUUUCGGCAUUGAAUGUUGUAAUUUAUUCUCGUUUUUCGAUGAUUAAUUUAUUUUAGACUCGAAUGUUUAAUUUAUUGUCGAUUUUUUAUACUUGAUUUUUUUAUUCGUGAUUUUUAAAUUUUAAGUUAUUCUCGAUCUUUGAUAAUCGAUGCUGUACUGUGAAUAAAUUUUUAAAAUGUGA